CUCGUGAAAAUCAGUUGAGGAAGAAGCUAGUUACGAAUUGCUUUCAGUGUCCAUGCAUUGACUUUUAUGGGAACAUCGACCUCUCCAACAUGGCCGCCAUAUGGGCACGUACGUUAGCUGAGAUGCAAUCUUGCGCUAGCCUAGCUCCACGGUCUUACUGAUGGCCUCCCCCGGUUGCCAAAGUCGAUAGCGAUCGUUUCAUUGGCCGUUGAGGUGCCUUGAAUGCCGCUCCUCGUGAUUGGCUGUGUGGCAAGGGGCGGGUUUAUUUUCGUCGAUUAUUGGUGGAUAGAUUGGCCAAGUAGGCGCGUCUACGUUUGAAAAGUAAGCCGCAGUGACGUUUACGGUGAAGCUAAUGGAGCUAAGCUAAACCGCGCUGCAUUCGAGGCGAGUAGAACCCAAAGUCAACAGUUGGCAGUUUUUUUUAUGUCAAACUUCGGCGACAUGGCGGAGCGCCCGGACUGCGGCGGUUCCCUCCACGCUGCCAAGAGGAGGUCAGCAGCGGGCAGCGAGAGCCGUCACAAGAGCUCCGGAAGCCGCCGGGUCAAACUGGAGAAAGUUCUGGGCAUCAGCACGGCCAGCGGCAGCGCUUUGGCGUCCGACCCCAACUCCGGGCUCGUCGCCUAUCCUGCGGGGUGUGUGGUCGUGUUGCUCCACCCGCAGAUCAACAAACAAAGCCACAUCAUCAACAUGUCCAGAAAACCUUUCAGCGCUUUGGCCUUCUCCUGUGAUGGCAAACAUCUGGUCACCGGGGAGCGUGGUCACCUGCCGUGCGUGCGGGUGUGGCAGGUGGACGAUGGCGUGGAGGCGGCCGAUGUCCAGAAUCACAAGUGCGGCGUUUCCUGCGUGGCGUUCUCCACGGGUGGCGCCUACGUGGUCUCCGUGGGAGACCAGUACGACAUGAACGUGUGCGUGUGGGACUGGCGGAAGGGCUCCAUCCUGGCCUCCAACAAAGUGUCCAGCAGCGUGUCGGCCAUUUCCUUUUCCGAGGACGGCAGCUACUUUGUUACGGCCGGCAAAAGACAUGUCCGGUUUUGGUACCUGGACGCCUCCAAGGAGCGGCGGGGCACCGGCACGGCGCCUCUGAUGGGUCGCUCGGGGUUGCUGGGCGACCACCGGCAGGCCGUCUUCUGCGGGGUGGCGUGCGGUCGUGGCCCCGCGGCGGCCGCCACCUACGCCGUCACGCGGUCCGCCCUCCUGUGUCGCUUCGACGCCGCUCGGCAGCUGGAAGCCUGGGUGCGCCUCAAGGCGUCGUGCGCGUGUAGCGUGGAGGUGACGGAGGACUUUGUGUUUUGCGGUUGUUCGGACGGUUUGGUGCGGGUUUUCUCGCCGUCGGACCUGCGUUACAUCACCACCCUGCCCUACCCGCACCGCCUGGGGGUGGAGCUUAUGCUGCCCAGCCCGUCGGGUUCCAGGCCGAGCCGUUAUCCCGAUGCGGUGGCUCUGACCUUUAACCCCAGAGCACGACAUCUGACCUGCGUGUACGCCGACCGCAGCGUUUACGUUUGGGACGUCGGCCAGCUCAGGAACGCCAACCAGAUCCACACAGCCCUCUACCACAGCGCCCCUGUGUGGAACAUACAGGUGUGUCCAGAGCAGUCCGAUGCGUCUCGGGCCCGUCUGCCGCCGUCUUCGUUCCUCACGUGUUCGUCAGACAACACCAUCAGGCUGUGGCACGCCGACUCCGCCGCGCCGUACAACAACCUCUAUAGCGCCGUAGCGCGCGCGCAGGACCCGCUGAGGAUUUUACACGUGGGGGACAACGCUCCGGCAGACCGGGAGGAUAAGUCGGAGGCCUCUGACGACAGGUCCGCCGUCAGAGUGCUGCGCCUCGGUCCCGACGGGCGACGGCUGGCCACCGGAGACCUCUGCGGAAUCCUGCGUAUCUUUGAUUUGGAGUUUCUGGACGAGCUGGUGAAGAUUGAGGCGCAUGACUCUGAGGUUUUGGCCCUGGAGUUCUCGCCGUCCUCUGCAGGCGUGAAGCUACUCGCCAGUGCCGGCAGGGACCGACUCGUUCGAAUCUUCAACCUGGACCGCGACUUCCGUCUGGAGCAGACCAUCGCCGACCACUCCGCGCCCGUCGUCGCCGUCAAGUUCGCAGGCGACGGCGCGCACAUCCGCCUGGUAAGCUGCGGGGCCGACAAGAGCGUCUACUUCUACUCUUACGUGCGCGAACCUCAUCGAACGGCGGAGGGGGGCGUGUCCUUCCGCAGGACGCAGCAAGCGGUGGAAAAGACGGCGCUGCACGACAUGGACGCGGACUCGUCCAGGACGCACGUGGCCGUCGCCUGUCAGGACAGAAACGUCCGGGUGUACAGCGUGGAGACGGGAAAGCUGAAGAAAUGUUUGAAGGACCCCACAAGCAAAGGAGGAGCUUUGCUGAAGGUCGAAACGGUCGACUGCACGGUGAACUCGGUUCAUCGCGCGUUCCGCGGCCGAGAGGCGAAAAUCUGUCAAAUCAGUCCACGUGGAUCCGACCGGCUCCUUCGUGGCCACCUGCUGCUCCGACAAGAACAUCAGCAUCUUGGACUACCGGUCCGGCGAGCGCGUCGCCGCCCUGUUUGGGCAUUCAGAGCCGGUGACGUGCUUGCGGUUCAGCGCCGACUGCGCGCACCUGAUCAGCGCGUCGGGAGACGGUUGUGUGUUUGUGUGGCGGCUGGACUCCCGCAUGACCGCCGCCAUGAUGAUGAAGAAAGGGGCCCCGAUGAAGAGCGUCGUCGCCGGCGUCGGGUGAGCGGCGCGCCGCCUCGCUCGCACGCGGCGUUCUCCCAUGGCUCACUCUGCGCGGCCGCUCGUUUCAGGCGGGAAACCUUCGUCGUCGGGCCGUCCCGUGGGGACGAGGAGCGCCGAACGCCGUCCAGACCGGACCCCGAAGGUGCUCCCCAAAUACGCACUAAUGGGAAGAUGCCCACGUGGUUCCGGAAAUUGCAGGGCGAGGCGGCGGUCUCCUCGUACGUCCCGUCGGACGCGGAACCCGUUCCGGUGCGGAAUCGUUGGCUGGAAAAGAGUCCCCUCGUCAUCCUGGACUACUCUCCGAGUUCUACCGAAGACGAGGACGGGGACGGGGACGGGGCGGACGAAGACGAAGACGAGGACUUUCAGCCGCAGAGUCUGGAAAGCCGGCUGAGGGACGAGGAAGACGCUGUGCCGAAGGUGAGCUCGGCGGGCCGGAGGAUCACGGGCGGCGUCGUCUCCGGGUGCCGGUGUCGCGCGGCGGGAGUCGGGAGCCGGACCGGCUCCCCCCUUCGUCCCGACGGCGCGACCUGCGACCUUCGACGUGACGACCCGUCUGCCGUCCUUCGCGGCGAAAGCGGCGCGACCUCCGCCCUUCGCAGUGCGACUGAGCUUGUGGCCACGCCCCCUACGUUGAUGUCAACGCCGUGUUCCGGGAGAGGCGGCGGGCGGCGUUGACCGAGCCGUGCUUCCGCCAUCGUCACGGACGCUGUGAAGACGUUUGGCUUUUUCACGUGGUCCUCUGCACCUGAAUUUGCUUUUAGUUACAAUUUCUUCAAUAAAGGUUGUCCGAUGUU